GUGGGGGGGAUCUUCCCCGCCCCUGGUUUUUACCCCCCGUUUUAUCCCAUUGCAGCCAGCUCCGACCGACCCUCCCUCCCCGCAGCCGGGGCCAUGCCCGCCAUCCCCUACCCCGUGGAGCUGGGGCUGACGGUGCUGCACACCGCCCUGUACGCCUCCCUCUUCCUCUUCGCCUACCUGCAGCUCUGGCUGCUGCUCUGCUACGGGGAGAAGCGGCUGAGCUACCGCCCGCUCGGCCUCUCCCUCUGCCUGCUGUGGGCAGCGCUCCGCACCGUGCUCUUCUCCUGCUACCUGCAGAACUCGCUGCGGGCCGGCCCGCUGCAGCGCCAGCCGUUUCCCCACUGGCUGCUCUUCUGCUCCCCGGGCUGCCUGCUCUUCGCCAGCCUCUGCCUCCUCAACCUCUACUUCGCCGAGGGUCCUGUUGUAUCUGGGCUCCAUAUUUACAAGCCUUCUCUUUCUCGUUGUGAAUUUAACUUGUGCAAUGCUUAUCCAUGGAGAUGUCCCAGAGAGUCGGUUGAGAAGGACAGUAUUUGUUCGGGAACUAAUCAACGACAGUCUCUUCAUUCUUUGUGCCAUUUCAUUAGCUUGUUGUAUGUGCAAACUUGCAAAAAUGUCAUCAGCAAACGUCUACCUCGAGUCAAAGGGCACAUCUGUCUGCCAGGCUAUCCUUGUCGGUUCAGUAGUUGUUCUUCUGUACUCUUCAAGGGCUUGCUAUAACCUAGUAGCAGUGGUCAUAUCUCCAGAGAACGUUCCUAGUCCGUUUAAUUAUGGCUGGGACAACCUUUCAG